AUGGCGACAGUCCAGCAGCUUCACCAGGCCCUUACGCCAGUCCGUUCGCUUGAAAAUAAUGGCGCAAGAAUCUCGCCGACCGAAACAGAUACAGAUCGAGCAUCUCGAUCUUCAGUUACGAACGGAACAAGUGAUACUAGUGGACUACAAAAGGGGGAUACUCGAACUGUCGUCAUUGUCUAUGGUCCCAGACAAGAGAGUAUAGUAUCGGUUUUCGCCGACGUCCUGGGGAAACCCUACCGAAUGGCGGAUAGCUUUCAAGGCAUAACUUCCCUAGAGCAAGAUCUAGUGCUAGGGAUAUCGCUGGAAAGCGCCAAAAUUGAUGUCUCUACACGAAAUCGAGAUGCUGUGGUUGCGAUCAAUGCCCAUAGCGUCAAUCUCGGAAUGCCUCCGGAUACAUAUAUUUCCGCGCAAUGCGACUACGAAUAUUUGUAUCCUGGAAUGUCUUUCUCUCGUCAAGACCUAGCUCGAUUUAUAUCAUUCACUCUCGGCCAGAUCAACCACCAUGAUUCGCUCAUGUCAAAGCCGCGCACUUACUUCAUCUCGACUACAUUUCCUGAUGUUCGUGCUGCUCUUCCAAAUCUUGAUAUUCUCACGGUUGGCGCCGACGCUGUAGAACUACGUGUCGACCUCCUGAAGGAGCCCCUAAAUGAUGGCGGUUGUGCAGUCAUACCUAGUUUAAGCUACGUCGGCGAACAGGUCAUGCUGUUACGCCAGAGAACCGAGCUGCCUAUCAUUUUCACUACUAGGUGUACAAGGGAAAAUGGCCGAUUUCCGAUGGACAAUCCUGACCUGUACUAUGAGUAUCUUUUCCGGGCUAUUCAGUGGGGCGUUGAAUAUAUCGAUGUCGAGCUUUGGCUUCCGGAACAUAUCCGGCGGAAGCUGUACGAAAAGCGCGGAAGUAGUCGCAUUAUGUCUGCUUUCCACGAUUUUUCUGGUACUUUCAAGUGGCCUUCAGCUCAAGCGGAGUCCAUAUUUCUAGAAUCUCGAAAAUAUGCUGAUAUUAUAAAAAUGAUAUCGAUAAUCAACGACCCCAACGAAAACUUUGAAUUGGAAUAUUUCCGUUCUAAAAUUCGAGCCGAGUAUUCAGGCUCACCCCCGUUAUCUGCGGUUAACAUGGGAGAGACUGGUCAGUUCUCAAGGACCCUAAAUAAAGUCUUCACGCCAAUCACUCACCCUCUUCUUCCCAUCAUUGCCGCACCAGGUCAACUAAGCGCUGCCGAAAUUAACGCAGCUUUGGCAACGCUUGGCCAGCUUCCAAAGAAAAGUAUUUACGGAGUCAGCAGUCCAUUUUCCCGUAUCGCUACCCCGUACGCACCCUUUUACGAGAAAUGCUUCAACGAACUUGGUUUACCUCACCAAUUUGCCGUUGUCGAGAGACAGUCGAAAGAUUCAAGUUUCAUAGAAACUUUAUGUAAUCAGAAAUCAUUUGGUGGCGCGUAUCUAUGCCCACCUAUAUCCCUCACAAGCCUCAUGAACAACAGCUUCUUUUUUGCGAGCCUCAACAACGGAUCAGGUCUGUCGAUUACCGAAGCAGCCCGCACGAUUGGUAUGGUUGACACCAUUAUUGUCCAAUCUGGUUCAUCAACUCCACCACCUUCCGCACCCCCCGCGACUCCAUCUAGUUCUAGUUCUAAUCGAAACGGUGAUGCUUCCUUCGGUAACAACGCUAAUAGGCUACCACUAAACUCAUCGCUCAUAUUUGACAAUGCAAAUUGGCGUGGCAUUGUCAGCACUCUAACACGCGACCUUGCGCCGUCAGCUUACGUCGAUCGCGCAGCACUCGUCCUAGCUACCAACGCCGAUGAUGCAGCGUCAACUAUGUACGCAUUAAAGGUGCUUCGUAUUGGAAAGGUGUACACUGUUGGCUUUAAGACACCUCCUGAUUUGGCUCGUGGUCUCGAAGUUCAACCCUUCAAUAACUUAGAGGGUCUUCAACGGGCAAGGAUGGUACACGAUAAGGCCAAUCCAUUCGUGAUUAUCUCUGCGUUGGGACCCGAGAAAUCCAACAUUGUCGGCAUGCUUGUGCGCGUGUUCGGAGGAUCAAGGGGCUCGUCGACACAGAUCCGCAAAGUUUUUCUAGACCUUGCUGACGGACCGAGGAAAGGUGACCCAAGUUUGAUUGCUGAGCAAAGCGGCUUUGCUACGUACGGUGCAGCAGACACGACGGCUUUCACAACUGCCCAAACCUUCAGAUUACUUGUCGGUCAGAAUGUGCCGUAUAGUUUCGUGCGGCUUGCAAGUGGUCAAGGAAUGUUUUAA